AUCUUUUUUGGGUUCCGGCUCCGGCUCCUUCCCCCGCCGACCGAGGCGGCGCUGUACCUGACCGAGCGGCGGGAGCGAGGGUUCAGAGAUGGGCAGUGAGAAGGAGCAGAGUCCAGAACCACACCUGCCUGAGGAAGGGGAAGGGGGUAAGCCUUGGAGAGUGGAUGACUCAGAGGGUUCUCGUACCCCACCUGGGGAGAAAGACCAUGGGCAGGAGAGCCUGUUGGAGGGGCCACAAGAAACCUAUCCAAAAAAGCCAUGGCAGAAAGUUACUGCGCCAGCUCAAGAGCCAGGGGACCUCAUUGUUCAUCCAAGGCCUGAGGCAGAGGAGAAGCCCUUUGUAUGUGCCCAGUGUGGCAAAACCUUCAAUAACACCUCCAACCUGAGAACACACCAGCGGAUCCAUACUGGCGAGAAGCCGUACAAGUGUUCUGAAUGUGGCAAGAGCUUCUCAAGAAGCUCCAACCGCAUCCGGCAUGAGCGGAUCCACCUGGAAGAGAAGCACUACAAGUGUCCCAAGUGUCAGGAGAGCUUUCGGCGGCGCUCAGACCUCACCACGCACCAGCAAGAUCACCUGGGCAAGCGGCCGUACCGCUGUGACAUCUGUGGCAAGAGCUUCACCCAGAGUGCCACAUUGGCUGUACAUCACCGGACCCACCUGGAGCCAGCACCCUACAUUUGCUGUGAGUGUGGAAAGAGCUUCAGUAACAGCUCCAGCUUUGGUGUGCACCACCGCACUCACACAGGUGAGAGGCCUUAUGAGUGCGCCGAGUGUGGGCGGACCUUCAGUGAUAUCUCCAACUUUGGAGCACACCAAAGGACCCACAGAGGGGAGAAGCCCUACCGGUGCACUCUGUGUGGGAAACACUUCUCCCGGAGCUCAAAUCUCAUCCGCCACCAGAAAACACACUUGGGUGAGCAGACUGGAAAAGAUUCCAGCUGAAGGAAAGCCCCAUGUAGAGAGUGAGGGGGAGAGAGCAAGAGACCCCAAUGUAGUAGAGGAAGAAGAUCUUUGAAUCUGCUGCUGCCACCUUGAUCUCAAGCUCUUCCAUCCCACUUUGGAGAAUGGUUUCCUGUUGCCUCUGAAGCCAGGAUCUCCAGGAAUUCCUAAGAAAGGACUCUGAGUAAAAAUCGUUGCCUCUUUCCAGGCCAAUUUCUUGCCUUGGAAAAUCAGAGGACCCAGUUUUGGCUUCACCUCCUUGGGGUGAAAGAGAAAUAAGGUAGGCUUAGAACAUGUUGAUGUUGUUAGGGCCGCAGUGCCCUGGCCUUUGAAGAAGUGAGAUGGGUGUCACUGUCUAAAGUCCUCCAAAUUGUCUAUGAACUGCUUAGGGCACACUGCAGUGGCCAGUUAGUUCCCAUCUGCUAUGCCCCAACUUUGCUUCUAGAUCUCUGGGCUGGGAGGAAGUUGCCUUCCCAGUGGAAGGGGUCUCCUUGGUCUGGAGAAGAGAUCUGAGGUCCUGCCUUAGGAAUGAAAGGGAAGCCUUCAGGGAGUCAUGAUCCAGGGACCUUCGCACUCCCCUGUAUUUGUUACUUGUUUUCCCACCCCCAACCUGCCUCUGUUUCCCCCAGAGCGAUUAGCAGUAAAACCCUUCUAUGAAAA